AUGGCUGAGGCCACCCCCACCCCCACCGAGACGCACACUCUCCCGAACGAGUACGGGGACUACCACAACUGGUCCGAGCUGUUCCACCUCCUGAACUACACCUACACCUUCUGCGAGUUCAGCCUGGAUGAGAACGUCAAGCGGGUGGUCCUCUUCAUCCUUUACCUGGUCAUCUUCGUGGUGGGCUUGGUGGAGAACCUCCUUGUCAUCUGGGUCAACUGGCAGACGCGGGGCCACAAGAGCUUGGUCAACCUCUACAUCAUCAACAUGGCCAUCGCGGACCUGGGGGUGCUGCUCUCGCUGCCCAUCUGGAUGCUGGAGGUGAUGCUGGAUUACACCUGGCUCUGGGGCAGCUUCCUCUGCCGCUUCACGCACUACUUCUACUUUGCCAACAUGUACGCCAGCAUCUUCUUCCUCACCUGCCUGAGCGUGGAUCGCUACGUGUCCCUGACCAGCUCCUCCCUCUUCUGGCGGAAGCACCAGCACCGCGCGCGCCGCGUCAUCUGCGCCGGCAGUUGGGUCUUGGCCGCAGCGAUCCCGUUCCUGGAGGUCGCUCACAUGCAGCUGGUCAACACCGGAGAGCCCAUCUGCAUCUUCACGGCCCCCUUCGAGACCUACGACGAGUGGGCGCUGGCGGUCAGCUUGGCCACCACCACCGUUGGGUUCCUCAUCCCCUUCCCCAUCAUCACCACCUUCAACGUCCUGACGGCCAGGUUCAUCAGGCGCACCAGGCCGGAGAGCAGGAAGCACUGUCUGCUCAUCUACGCCUACAUCGUCGUCUUCCUCGUCAGCUGGCUGCCCUUCCACGUCAUGCUCACACUGCUCACCCUCGACGGCAACCACAUCAUCCUCCACUGCACCUUCGCCCAGUUCCUCUACUUCUUCUACGACGUCAUAGACUGCUUCACCCUGCUCCACUGCGUGAUCAACCCCAUCCUCUACAACUUCCUGAGCAAAAACUUCCGCAGCAAGCUCAUCUCCGCCGUGGUCAAGUACAUCCCCAAAGAUCAAGGCAGCCAGAAGGGCGCAGGCAGCUCCUCCUCCACCACGCAGCACUCCAUAGUCAUCGCCAAGGACAACCACCCUCCCAACUAAGGGGGGGUCGGACGCUCCCGUCACCGCGGGCGGGGGGCUCCCUGCACGCACCCAGGUCAGUAAAGUUGUUUUUCCUGGCGACGAGCAGACACUUUGCCUUUAAAUGACACCUCGUGGCCAUCCCCCUCCUGUGCUCCAGGGCAGGGAGCGAAACAUGAGGUGAGGUGGUGCGGGGAGCCCCCGACGUGCUGGGGCAUCAGAUCUAUUUAGCUAAAGAAAAAUUAAGAGAUAUUUCCUGUUUUCCAAAGGAAACACUUGCAGUAUAAAGCGCAUUACUCUGUCCAGGAGUCUGAACACGAAUCCAGCCCCAGGACCCGACCCCCCUGCUCCCCCCGCGCCGUGGGGCUGGGACACACGAUCUUUUCCCUUCACAAGUUUUUCUGCAGCCCCCGACCGUCACUCACGCACAAGCUCCGGACACCCCACGCCGUGGGGGUGUCCGGGGAACACUGCCCCUCUGCCACCCCGAGCAGAAGAGGGGAAACUCAUCCCUCUGAAACACAAACCUCUCCUCCCCGUGCCUGAUUUUACAGAAAUGACGGCAACGUGGCCCCGCGGGGCUGAGCGGGACACAGACCCGAGCUGUGAUGGGGGGAGGACUGAUUCGCGAUCAGCAGCCGGCUGAGAGCGACGCUGCAAACGCCGCAGUAACCUGGCGGUGGUCAGAACUGGGUUCGUCAGGGCAAGGCUGCUCCCAAACGCCACCGGCAGCAGCACAGGUGGGGCUCCCAGUUCACGUCUGCAAACCCAGCGAACCCCGGCUCCUUCGGAGCAUCUCCUGGCCGCCACCGGCCGCGUUCCUCACCGCGGGCAGGCGCCGGCAGCCCCUCGCACGCUGCCUCCAUCCAGCUCAGCACGCCCCGUGCAGAAACGCCCGGAGCCGGGCUCGGGGCUGCCUCAGAAACUGGAGCAUCUGCAGAAAGUUCCCGGUUUGUCUGGAUUCUGCUGUCACAUGCUGCGGGUCGAACCCUUGGCAGGGGAAGGUGGAAGAGUGACAGUCACCGGAAGGGAGCCCAUAAAUCUACCAAAGGCCUUGAGCCGCUUAAGAAACACAUUUUUGAAAAAGAGAAGCGUAAGCAAAUCUGGGGAGGACAGGAUGCUCCCAGCAGGAGCAGGGGGUGGGGAGCAGGAUGUCCCGGGCUGCGGCAGGAGCCCACGGCCGGGGUUAAGACGGACGCUCGGUUAUCAGGGCUCUGCCGGUGCCGGGGUCCUGUGCCGGGGUAAAUCACGGGACACUGGGGGCUCCUCGGCAGAGCCCUUCCUCCUCACUACCAGGGGACACCAGUGUCGAGCCAAAAAGCCAAAUCCGCCUCUUACACAGAAAUACUUUGUACCGUGGCUGGGGAAGAAGCCAGACCCCAGACACAGCCGGUCCCUGCAGCCCCUCUUCCUUCGUCACGGGACUCACACACGGUCCCACAGCUGGGAGCGCGGAGCCGCGAGUCCCCCGGGGCAGAGCCUGUCCCUC